GGUGGGGCCUCUGGUGGCUGUAGGGAACUGGAGGGGAGGCGGCAACAUUGUUUCAAGUUGGGGAAAUUGACAAGAGGGAGAGAUACGCUGCGUUCCAUCCGUACCCGGGGCCGAGUCCCUGGGCCCUGUUUCCCCUCCUCCCCCCGCGAGAACCGUGGCCCGCUUUCUGCAGGGGUCCCAGGCCUCCGCUCCAGGGCCGGACUGACCCGACUCGCUAGCGGGCUUCAUGGAGAACUUCCAGAAAGUGGAAAAGAUCGGAGAGGGCACGUACGGAGUUGUGUACAAAGCCAAAAACAAAGUGACGGGAGAAGUGGUGGCGCUUAAAAAAAUUCGCCUGGACACUGAGACUGAGGGUGUACCCAGUACGGCCAUACGAGAGAUUUCUCUGCUUAAGGAGCUUAACCACCCUAAUAUUGUCAAGUUACUGGAUGUCAUCCACACAGAAAACAAGCUCUACCUGGUUUUUGAGUUUCUGCACCAAGAUCUCAAGAAAUUCAUGGAUGCCUCUGCUCUCACUGGAAUUCCUCUUCCCCUCAUCAAGAGCUAUCUGUUCCAGCUGCUCCAAGGCCUUGCUUUCUGCCAUUCUCAUCGGGUCCUACACCGAGACCUCAAGCCUCAGAAUCUACUUAUCAAUGCAGAGGGGGCCAUCAAGCUCGCAGACUUUGGACUAGCCAGAGCCUUUGGAGUCCCUGUUCGUACUUACACCCAUGAGGUGGUGACUCUGUGGUACCGAGCUCCUGAAAUCCUUCUGGGCUGCAAAUAUUACUCCACAGCUGUGGACAUCUGGAGCCUGGGCUGCAUCUUUGCUGAGAUGCACCUAGUGUGUACCCAGCACCAUGCUAUGUGCUGUGGGGAACACAGAAGAAAUGGAAGACACAGUCUCUGCCCGCUGUGCUCCUAUCUAGAAGUGGCUGCAUCACAAGGAGGGGGGAUGACUGCAGUGUCUACCCCACACCCCGUGACUCGCCGGGCCCUAUUCCCUGGAGAUUCUGAAAUUGAUCAACUCUUCCGGAUCUUUCGGACUCUGGGGACCCCAGAUGAGGUGGUUUGGCCAGGAGUUACUUCUAUGCCUGAUUAUAAGCCAAGUUUCCCCAAGUGGGCCCGGCAAGAUUUCAGCAAGGUCGUGCCUCCCUUGGACGAAGAUGGAAGGAGCUUGUUAUCGCAAAUGCUGCACUACGACCCCAACAAGCGGAUUUCAGCAAAGGCAGCUCUGGCUCAUCCUUUCUUCCAGGAUGUGACUAAGCCAGUACCGCAUCUUCGACUCUGAUGUUCUUCCCCAGGCCGUUUACCCCGGUCCCACUCGGAGCCUGAUCUGGCUUAGCCCUAGGCUAGUUCCCUUCUGAUCUUGUCUGGCUGCCUUAAACAUUCACCUUCUCUUAGGCAGCCAGCUCUGGGGGAUGCAGAGGGGAGAGAGGAGAUAUAGGUGAAAAUGAGAAGGGAUCUUCAAUAUUAGAUGCACUUAGCUGAGUCUCCACCACCCUCUCCUCCUCUUCUUGGUCAUUGCUGAGGAGGGCUGAUAUUUAAAAAAAAAAAACAAAAAAAAACCUGACUCUUUCCCUUCCCCCCACGUAGGGUUUGCCAUCCCAGUCUCUGAAAGCCCCAUUAUUUCUAUUUCCUGGGUUUGGGCUGACAGAGACCCUAAGCCUUGUGCAGCCACUGUGUGUAAGGCCAACUGAUAGCAGGAGGCUAAGUUGGAACUUUUGAAAACCAAGAAAAACAAAAACAAAGGGAAGGGCCUGUUUUAAAGAAUUAGGUUAAAAAAUAGAUCCAACCAGUUUAUACCCUAGUUUUAGUUUCAUCUCACCAAACAUCGCGGAGACUCAAGACUCCUGUCUUCUCUGCAGUCCUGGUGGGGCUACAGUAGAAAUGAUUAUCUCUAGUCCUCUUGUCUGUCCCUCUUAUGGGCAAGACGUGGCUGGGAGGCCCCGGGACAGGGAUUGUGCUUCACCAUAGCCUUAUGAGGCAAGUGAAAGAUGUCUGAAUUUUUUCUCUUCUUUUUAAGAUUCUUAGUUCUAAAGGUGCUAGGUCCCAUCUUCCCCUGAAGGCCAUCCCAUAGGAGUGGAAGUUAGAGUUUAGACAUCAUUUUGAGAAUGCUGACACUUUUAGGGCUGUGAUGGGUGGGGGCAUUGGGAAAAAAUAUUUCUUUAAAAGAACGAUGAAUAAUUAUAUUUAUAUUUCAGGUUAUAUUAAUGUUUUUAAAGUAGGAAUGGAUGGAUUUGUUGCCAUGUGCAGCAUACCUUGGGGUUUUGUAAUGCAAAUGUUUAAAAAAAAUUUUUUUUUUAUGAUUUGUCUCUUCUCUCACCUCUCAUCUUUGAGUGUUCUUGGUGUUAACAUUAUUUGUAAUCCAGUUUGUAAUUCAUUAAAAAAAAUUCCUAGCUUUAUGGUUUA